AUGGCUUUUUGUCCAGUGCAAAUGAUGGCUUGGCUGCUUGGGAUUGUUGGCAUGUUUGGAACGGUUAUUGUCACUCUGAUGCCUCAGUGGAAAGUAUCAGCCUUUACAGGGAACAACAUCAUAGUCUUUGAGACUAUUUGGGAAGGCUUGUGGAUGGUAUGUAUCAGUCACAUCAAGAAUUAUCAGUGCGAAUUCUACAAAUCCAUUCUGGCCCUUCCACCUUUGUUAGACGCCGCGAGAGGAUUAAUGUGCACUGCUUGUGCACUGUCAGUUAUUGCUUGUCUGAUUGCUUUUGCUGGCAUGAAAUGCAUCCGAAGUCCAGGCAAUAAUGAACAAGUCAAAAGAAACAUUUUAUUCACAGCUGGAGUAAGUUUUUUCCUGGCUGGGGUUUUUGUGCUGAUUCCUGUUUCCUGUAUUGCCAAUGAUAUCAUCGAGAAUUUUUACAAUCCAGAAAUCCAAGCUGCUCGGAAACGUGAAUUAGGAGCUGCUCUCUAUUUAGGCUGGGUCUCAGGUACAUUUCUAAUCUGUGGAGGAGGCAUGUUUUGUGGUUUCUGCUGCUGUCCUGAAGAACCUGAAAUAUAUCAGCAUUCAGCACCAUGCAGCCAAAUCAAGCCUAUGGCAAUGCGUUCCUAUGUAUGA